AUGGCGGCGGCAGUCUUCGGGGAUGAGUUCUCCCUCAGCAUUCGAGACGGAGUGGCCGUGCUGACCUGGCUUGACCAACCUGGCAACUGGCCUUGGGGGACUUCACGGCAGGAGCACCGCUUUAACCCUGUGACAGUGCGAGCUCUGGCUGAUGCACUGGACGCGGUCGAGGCGGAUGAGUCCGUCGAUGUGCUGGUGGUCACCAACAAUGGAAAGUACUGGUCCAAUGGCAUGGACUUGCGAUACUUGGACCAGCAUGAUGGGGCCGGUCUCCAGCAGGAAACCAAUCAGCUGAUGGCAAGGAUCUGCUGCUUUCCCCGGCCGACCCUCGGAGCCUUCCGGGGCCAUUGGUGCGCAGCGGGUGGGAUGAUGGGUUUGGCCUUCGAUUUUCGCAUCAUGUCUCGGGACGCAGGAUUCUUCUUCAUCCCAGGGGUGGACCUGGGCCUUGUCUAUGCCCCCCUCCAAGCAGAGCUCAUGAAGGCGAAGCUUCCUCGUAGCCUGCAUCGAGAUGUGAUUCUGUUCAACUCAAGGAGAUGGACCGCCAUAGAACUCUUGGCGGCAGGGGUCGUCGAUGAGGCAGUGCCCCGACACGAGGUCUUGCCCAGGGCCCAAGCCCUGGCAGCCCUACUGCGGCCAAAGGGGGCUGGGCCGGCCCGUGCAGCGCUCGGAGGUCUGAAGAGGCGGCUCUACCGGCAGGUCUUGGAGGCUUUGGAUGACGGGCUGAUGAGUCCGGUCCAAGUUGCCGCAAUGAACUUUGGAUGGCGAUCCCUCUGUCUUCUGCUCUUGCCACUUUCUGGCAGCAGUGGCGACAGCUGCCAAGCAGGCAGUGAGGCACAAGAGUCGCGAAGCAGCUCUGGCGUUGGUGCAUUUCUGGUGUCUUUCGGGACCAACGUGGGCUGCUCCAAGAGAAGCUGCAGCAAAGCCUCCGAGGCCUUCUGGAAGAGUAUGCGGGAAGAAGGUGGGAGCCUCAGAGGCCUGCAGCUCAACAUCCGCCGGAAGGUCGUGGAGGAGAAGGCCUUCGGUGGCCUGCCCGCCAGGAACAGGACGGCGAUGGUCCUGUCGGACGACGUCUUCUAUGGCCGUGCCAUCAUGAAGAUCCCUCGUCAGGCGGUCCUGACCUUGGAGACCGCCAGGGAGGAGAAGCUGAGAAAGGAGCUUACAGGCUUCCUCUUCGAACAGCAGUGUCUUGGUGGGUCAUCAUUGCACAGCGCAUGCACAGAGCAUGCACAGCUUGACUCCACCCCGCACUACAGAUUCCGUGAGGACUACACCCAUCUGCUCAGCUUGGCGUAUCCGCUCAUUGCAGAGAGGCGGAAUCCCGAGUCGGUCUUUCGAGACUGGCUGGACGCCACGCAAGAUGCGAAGGUCUUCGCCUUGCAGCUGACGCACCGGCAAGAGAAGGUGCUCAUCGGCACCACAGUGGAGGAAGCCAUCCAAGAGAUGGCAUUCAGAAAACAGAUGAUCCUGGACACAGCCUCAAAUCUGACCUUCUUCAAGAAGAAGCCCGUAACUGAAGAGGAGGCUACCUGGGCAUUGGCAGUGAUUAUGCGGCACGGCCGUGUUGUUCACCCAUACCAGGAUCAGCGCGAGGAGCGCAAUCCCCGUGCCUGUGCAGGGAAAAUUGAGAGAGGCAUGUACAUCUUCCCGCUGCUGGAGCUGCUGGAUGUCGCAAUGCACGCAAGUCCUGGUGUUGCCAUCACCUUCCAGGAAGAAGUCGUCAUAGAUGGAAAGCGAGAGCAGGAUGUGGUCGUGCAGAUCGCUCGCCGAGAUAUGCCAAAGGGCGAGGAGAUUUUUGUUUGGCCAGGGCGUUUGUCCAACAGCGAGAUGAUUGCCAGGCAUGGUUACAGCCUGCGCGAGAAUCCGAUUGGGAUUGGUCGUAAUGUCUCGCAGCCACCCAGCUGGAGUGAAAACAAGAACGCCAAGGGUCGGAAGGAGUACGACCUCUACAACUGCUCUUCUCUUGAGGCUUUCGAAAUGCGCUUCAACGAGCAAGGCUAUCCUAUGCGAAGCUUUGUACGGUGCUACCGAGUGUCAUGGUUCAUCACAAACGGCUGGUAUUCGCCUGCGUUGAAGAACCGAUUGCGAGAGCUGAACAAGUGGCCGCCGCCGGAAAAGUACACGAAGCCGGAUUGGCUGUCCUGGACCCAAGCCGACGCAGAAGUGAAUCGCGCAAUUCUGGAGUAUUGCCAGUCCAUGAAGCAGCGACUGAAGGACACUAUGGAUUCCAACACUGCGGAAGAUUUCCGCCAUUCCAAGGACCCCGUCGAUCGGGUCCUGUGGCACAUGCGUUCUGAGGAAUCCCGCACCUUCAAGAACUGCAUCUCCGUAGCUCGGAAGAUAAAGAUGUAG